GGGAGAUGGACUGAGGGCGCUCUUCCGACUAGCAUAGGCGAAGAGCGACUCUACCAGCCAGAACUAUUGAAAGAAUAUAUGCCAUAGAGACGACGAUAGCCCACUCAAAAAGCAAAAUUAGUCGCCAAUCUUUCACAUCUACUUCACACACACUAACACGGCAUUGAUGGUAAUGUAUGCAAGGAAACAACCAAGACUCGGCGAUGGGUGUACCGACCGAAGGGAUUCUCAGCCCUAUCAGACCCUUAAGUACUCAUCCAAGAGUCAUCCCGAUCACCGACAUGAGAAGAUGCGCGACAACGAUGCGACGCCACCGUGCAAGGUGCUGCGGCGAUCAGACAGUCCAGACAAUAAACACAUGGACAGCGCUGGCCAUGGCAGAGCAAAAGCAAUCCACCCACACCGGGGAAGAGACCGAGAAGGAGGGACCAGUAUAUCCCCUCAAGAGAAUUCCCAUAACCACAGCUCUCUGCAUAGCUCCAACUCUCAUCCCAUCAAAUCUUCAGACACACCGGAUGAACCGGCAGAUGAUUGGUCUGAACACAUCAGUUCUUCAGGGAAGAAGUACUACUACAACUGCAGGACUGAGGUGUCUCAGUGGGAGAAACCUAAAGAUUGGUUGGAGAGAGAGCAGAGGCAGAAGGAGGUGACUAAGACCGCUGCAGUGGUCAAUAGUUUCCCUAAAGACAGGGACUACAGGCGUGAAGCAAUGCAGGCAGCACCCACCAGCUUCUCCAAUACUACAGAGUCUGCAGUUACCACAGAGAAGCCUUCCUCCCUCACACCCUCCUCUUCAUCUGCUGCUGGAUCUGGCUUAACUAUGGGCAAUUCAGCCAGCAGCGCAUCUGGUUCAACAAUCCCAGUUUCUCCGGUGAUGCAGUCGCCGGCUCCACCGUCUUUUCUUCAAGACCCCUCCCUCUUACGCCAGCUCCUCCCAGCUCUGCAAACGGCCCUGCAGCUGAACAACGCCAGUGUAGACAUGGCCAAGAUCAAUGAAGUUCUCACGGCUGCAGUAACUCAGGCUUCACUGCAGUCCAUGCUCCAUAAGAUCCUCACUGCUGGUCCGUCUGCCUUCAACAUCUCGACCCUGCUCUCCCAGGCUACUCAGCUGUCCAGCCAUGUCCAGCAGUCCAGCCAGUCUCCGAUGUCUCUAACGUCAGACGCUUCAUCUCCUCGGUCGUAUGUAUCUCCCAGAAUCAGCACGCCUCAGACCAACACAGCUUCCCUAAAACCACCCCUCAGCACCACAUCAGUCUCUUCACAGACCAAGAUGAACGCCAUGACAAUUAAGUCCAGUUCUCUCCCUCCACCCUCGUCUCAGCAGUCCCUCCUUUCAGACAAACAUCACGAAAACAGCAACUCUCCACGGACUGUGCAGAGACAGAGCAGCCAGAGGAGUCCGUCUCCGGGUCCGAACCAUGUGGGCAGUAACAACAGCAUUAAUAAUGGAGGUGGUAGUCAAGGACCAGCUGUAGUCAGCGGAGCGAUGCCCACGGGCUCAGUACAUCCCAGUGCAGCUCCAGGCAGAGUAACAUGCUCCUUCACACCCACGCUGGCCACACACUUCAAUGAGAACCUCAUCAAACAUGUGCAGGGCUGGCCUGCGGAGCAUGUGGAGAAACAGGCUUCACGGUUACGUGAAGAGGCUCACACCAUGGGCAGCAUCUAUAUGUCAGAGAACUGCACAGAGCUGAAGAACCUGCGCUCACUGGUGCGAGUAUGUGAAAUACAGGCCACGCUGCGUGAGCAGAGGAUACUAUUUUUGAGACAACAAAUUAAAGAACUUGAAAAGUUAAAGAAUCAAAAUUCCUUCAUGGUUUGAGGAACUCUGGGUUUGUGAUGUGGUUUUGAAACAGGAGAGAGGGGUAGGUGAAUGAGUGGGGAAACCCAUUUCAUGUGCGCGGAACCCUGGAGAACCAAAGUUCUGUUGCAUUCUGCUCUGGGCCCAGACUUACAUUUAACGAGCUGCAGCGAGGACUGAGGGGGUUAAGGGGGAGGGGGGUGGUGGGGAGAGCAGUGGCUAAACUGGGGUGGAGAGGAGUUUUGGGACCUGCCCUCACCCUGCCCCUGUAUAUGUAGAUUAUUUGUAGAUGUUAUUUCCAUGUUGUACAUAAUGUUUUGUAGAUGAAGCAAUGGGAAGCCAUGCCUAUCACAAAGCUUUUGACAUCCAAACGUUAAACAAAUCAGCACCAAGGCAGACUGGGAUCUCAAGUGCCCUCAUUGCCACCAUAUGUAGAUUUUACAUAAUCUCUGACUGCAGAUUUUUAAAUGACAUGAUUUAAAAAAACAAAUGUUCUUUAGUAAAAUGAUCGGUGAACCAUUGCCUUGAGCGUGUACCAGACCUGCAUGGAAAAGUUGGAUUAAUCUACCAGGACUAUUAAUGAGGACGAUGACACUCAAGCAGACGCACACACUCUUUGUCUUCUUGCAAUUCUGCACACAUAUCUGCCAGUUCAUUUUCUCUCUGCAUAUGAAAAUGGUAAUAAUGCUACAUGGUUAUUUGGUUAGUUCAUAUAUUACAUUCUCUGGUUGCACUAUAAUGGUUUCAUUCCCUUGCCCCAUGCCUUUUGGGGGGGUUUAAAUCAUGUUUGUCCACGAUGGUUCAGUGGUCUCCUGACUGCACCUAAUGGCCCAGCUAUUCCCAUGGUCAACACGAGUGCCUGCUUGGAUUGAAUGUGAGCAAGAACAAGAGAAAGUGCAGAUUGUACACACACAGAGAGAGGGAACCAUUCCUGCAGCUCACCCUAAAAGCCCUGCGUACUUGCACCCCUUUUUGGUCCCCCACUCUCCCUCCCUUGGCUGGAGAUGAAGACUGGUUGUCUCCCAGAAUCCCCUUUUUCCUUCUAAUUUUCCCAGGUUAUUUUCUUUUUAUUUUCUGUGCCCUUGUUUAGUUUAAAAACUGUACUUUAAAAAGAAAGAACGUGAGGUGUUUAUGGACACUUGCGUUAAAAACCAGAGUUCAUUCCUAUGUACAGUUGCUAAUUAAUAAUGAAGUUAAAGUUUUAUUAAACGUUGCAGUGAUUGCUAGUCUAUCAGAUAUGUUGUAUUCAUAAAUUAUUACCACACAUUUUCCUUUGCACCCUGAUUGGAUGGGAUGGAAAAAAAUGCUACUGGAAAACAGGAAACCGAGGGUCAGCCAAGGACUGGACAUCACCAACCCUGUUAGACCAGGGUCCGGGCAGGGUCACCUGGGGUUAGAAGGUCAAAUGUGAAAUGUAUGUAUUGUAAUAAACAUGCUAAACUAAAAA